AUGCCCUGUGUCGCUGGCUGUGCCCAACAUGGAAAGACCUCGCUACAAACGCCACUCGAGCGUUAUGCCACCUCAUUGGGUGACUCUGAGAAAGGUUCGGAAAGCUCAGUUGAUCACUUCUUUCCAAUGUACACCCUUCCAGUAGCAACCUUGAUGAAGAUGGAUAAGAUCAAACCACAUGAAGAGCUGCUCGCAGGUGGGGAGCUCACCAUUUUCCAGAAGAGCCUUGGAAAGGCCGCGUUUGUGUCCCAUCAGUGGAUUGGCAAAGGACAUCCAGAUCCCGAGUUCAAGCAGAUGCAAGUCUUGCAGGACUCGCUGCAGAAUCUGAUCUCCGGCACCUCUGAGGUGAACGUAGACCUGGUGACCGAGGCUGUGUACUUCCGCUCCAAGGGGAUCAAUGCCUCGGAGUGGCAAGCGCAAAAUCUCUACUUGUGGUACGACUACUUCUCGUGCCCACAAGCUGCACAUGUAAGUGAGCAGGGCCUACAGAAGGCGAUCAGCAGCAUCCCAUCAUAUGUCUCCAGGUGCGACUUCUUCGUGGCACUUUGCCCGGUGCUGUCCAAUCCAGAGGAGACCGAGACCUUCAGCGAGCACAGUUGGGCCCACCGGGGCUGGUGCCGAGUGGAGCGCGUGGUCUAUGAGCUCACCUUCAACCAAGGAUCUUGGAUUAUGGUGAAGAGUGCAAUGCACCAGGAGUUGGGUGAAGCCGUUUGCGUUCCUUCGACCGUUUGCCAGGGGUCCUUCACGGUGGAGAGCGACCGCGAUCGCAUCGGAGUGGUCUUGGCCAAGUUUGUGAAGAAGAAGUUGCUCUCUUGCUUGGAGAACAUGAAUUUGCCCCACUACCGCUUCCUUUUGAACCAGCAAACCUCCAUUUUGAGAGGCUUGCCCGUGAAGCCCAUCGAGGAUGUGGUCCCCGGCUUCGAAGGGGAGGAUGUUUUGGAGCGAUUUAUGUAUCAGAAUGGAUUCCAGAACCCCUUCGACUAUGACAGUGCUGGCUGGUCUCCCAUGUGCUAUGCCUGCAUGAAGGGCGACGUCCCCUUGGUGGCCGCCUUGCUGAAGCAACGCAUCGACCCCAAUGAAAAGAUCAAGAAGGCGCGUGCCGAGAUCAACUUGGACAAAGGCUGCUCACUGAUCCACAUUUGCGCCAGGUUCAAGAACCAUGAAGCCAUGCAGCUGCUCUUCGCGGCCAAUGCUGCAGUGAGUACUCAAGCGAUCCCACAUUUUCCAGUGGGCGUGGCCGCUCUGGAAAACGACCCCAUUGGGAUCCGGCUGCUGUGUAGCGUCUCUGCAGACCCAAGGAAAAAGAACCUCUUUGGAGACCAUGCCCUGCACAUGGCGAUCGCCGCUGGGGCCGAGGAUGCUACACAGGCGUUUUUGAGUGAAGCCGAGUCCUUUGAUCUCUCCCGGACCUUGCACACGGCCGCCAUGUUCCAGGGCACCGCCGUGCUGGUGCGGCGCCUCAUCGAGGCCAGCGCUGAUGUGGACGAACCCUACUUGGCCAACAACGUGAUCCGGAUGCUUCACACGGUGAAAGGCAUUCAGUACACCUGGGGCCGUCGCACCAUGCUGCGCCGCGUGGGCUACCACGGCCGCCAUGCCACACCGCUCAUGAUAGCGAUCCUGUGUGGCAACUUUGAGGCGGCUUCGAGCUUGCUGGUGGAGGGCGCCAAUGUGAAUCUCCGGAACGCCCGAGGCAAGACUGCCAAGGAUUUGGCCAAUGAACUGCGGGUGCCGGACUAUCUUCUGCAGGCCAUGGAUGGAGCAAUAGAGAAGUGCAUCUCUAUUGCCGGCAGUCCCGACAGCCCCAGCAUGAUGAUGGCACCUUCAAUGUCCAGACAAUCCUCGUCGUCAUCGACAUUUGCCAUCUGA